AUGGCGAUCUGUAAUUUCAACGCACGGACGCUUGCAUCGGAAGCGUGUACAGAAGACCUGAUGAUGCAAGCUAGGAAGAUCAAGUACGACGUCAUCGGACUGACCGAGACGAGAAGGCAGACUGGAGAAGAACUGUUCCGUGGAACAUGCGACAGAGACGUCGGCGACGUAGGUGUCCUCGUCGAUAUGCACUUUUCCAUGAACAUCGAUUCGUACGCAAGCUCAACAACCCGAAUCGGACGUUUGAGAUUAAGAAAAGGUGGAUCAACUCCACCUCAAAUACCUUCUUCAACGUCAUCGGAAUUUAAUGAGCAGGGUGAAAGGCUGUCUGACUUUAUCAUGUCGACCAGCACCAUCCAUGGUAACUUGCGGCUCCAGAAGCACUCUCAUUUGAAGUGGGCAUGGAAGUCAUUCGGAGGACAGUUCCAUGAGAAAUAG